CACUUCAGAUUGCUUUUUCAGCCCAGUGGAGACAGCAAUUUCUACCUUUCUGGAAGAAGCCCUCCAAGAUGGCUGCUACAUCGAAUCAACCUGGUACCUCAUUCAAUAAUGAGGGUGUGGAUGCUGAUCAGGCCAGUGCUCUGAGGAUUGUCCUGGUUGGAAAAACUGGAAAUGGGAAAAGUGCAACAGGGAAUACCAUCCUUGGGAAGGAAGUUUUUAAAUCUAGAAUCGCACCACAUGCUGUGACCAAGAUCUGUCAAAGAGAAGCUGCAACCUGGAGAGGGAAAGACAUUAUAGUUGUUGACACACCUGGGCUGUUUGACACAAGGGACAGCCUAGAAAACACUUGCAAUGAGAUUAGUCGCUGUGUGAUCUAUUCCUGCCCAGGGCCACAUGCCAUCAUUCUGGUUCAGCAACUGGCUCGAUACACUGAUGAGGCAAAACACACUGUCUCUUUGAUUAAGGCACUUUUUGGGAAGUUAGCCAUAAACCACAUGGUCAUCUUGUUCACUCGGAAAGAGGACUUGGAAAAUACACUAGAUGACUUUGUGAAAGAGUCUGAUGAGAACCUCCGAAGUCUUGUCCAAGAGUGCAAUGGAAGAUACUGUGCCUUCAAUAACAAAGCUCAAGGCAAUGAAAGAGAAGCCCAAGUGAAUCAGCUGCUAGACAUAAUCGAGAAAAUGGUGCAGGAUAAUGGGGGGAAAUACUUUUCAGAAAAAAUAUACCAGAAAACUCAUGAGUCACUGAAAAACAGGAGAAAGGUUCUGAGGGAAAUCUACACCAAAGACAGAGACAGAGAACUGCAAACUAUAGAACUAGAGUAUGCUAACAUGGUUCCUCUGACAGAAGAGAAAAAAAAGGAAAAACAAAAAAAACAAGCAAGGGUAGAGAGGGAAUAUGAAGAAAAAAUGAAAAAUAUAAAUGCAGAGGCUGAGAAAUCUAUAUUUGAACAAAUUUUUCAGUUCAUUAAGGGUAUGAUUUCUAAAAUUUCUGGUUGGUUCAAGUAAUGAUAGCCUACCUGGUUUGUUUGAUUUUCCAUUAAUUUCAUCAUAAAUGUUGAUAUACUGGAACUGGGGUAAGGGCCCUGUGACCUUAAGGCCACAUGUGGCCUUCUAAAUCCUUAAGUGGAUUCAGUCCAAAGUCUGCACUUAAUGGUUUAGAAGGCCACAUGUCCCCACCCCUGUCCUGGAUAUACAGAAUUAUAAACUCAUGAAAUGGAUAGAAUUGGGUCCUAAUUCCCUUCAUUUCACUCAAAGUUCAGGGAUUUUCAAAGCAAGGAACACUCUAUAUUAGGGCUAGAUUCCCCCACCACGAAUUUGUCACAUUAUAUAGCUAUGAGAACUGAAUUCCCCACUUGUUUUGUCUGAGCCUUUACUUAGCACAUACCUAGAGACCUGGGCCUGGAGUGUAGCAUCUGGGGCUCUGCCACCUCAAAUCUUUUAUGGAAUCAAAUAGUUAAUUAGUUAUGAAUAAUCAUGUAAAUAAAUGAGAAUUGAGGCCCUUUAGGCAUGGGAGAAAUAUCUAUGGAGCAAGGAGAACUAAGAGUUGGUGAUGGGUUGUUCAUUAGCUUCUUAGGUCCUACCAUCAUAGAAUUCAGAUUGCUCCCUGGGCAGCUCCCUGACUCCUUAUUGUCCUGAGUCUGACUCCUGGGUCUCCGCUUGGUCUCCCAUGUUUACCAAUUUUUUCCUAUGUACCACCUCCACACUUAAGAAAUAAACAAAAAGUAUUCUUUCUCCUCCUAAACACUCAGACCUACCUUUCAUUUUAUUUCUGCUCCUGUUCAGCUGCUAUGAUCCAGAGCUUCCUGACUAUUGCUUUGGCCUACACAGAAUGUAAACUCCUCAUUAGUAGGAAUUGUUUCAUUCAUCAUACUUGAAUCCCCAGUUCUAGCACUGUCUAUCACACAACAGAUGCUUAAUACAUGCUUGUUGAUUGCUGAGCUCAGCCAAGUUGUGUCAUUGACAUGGUAUAUUCCAAUAGCAUCCCAUUGACUGGGACAUUCAAGGACAUGAGGUCCAUGAGGGCUUUUUUUUUCUUCCCACUUUCACUGAGUAGGAAAGGAUACUUCUAAUGGUGACUGGGGAACAAAGGAGGACAGGAUUAUGUUAGAUUUAAAUUCCUUUGAAUGAGUGGUCUCCUUUUGUGAGUAGAGACAAUUGACAGCACCUUGUGAAGAUGGAAGGGAGGACCUUCAAGGAAGUAAGCAUUUAUAUAAUCUACUACAUGCCAAGCACUGUGCUAAGUGCUUUUACAAAUCUUAACCUCAUUUGGUCCUAAAGACAGUCAAGUAUUAAUAAGUGCUAUUUUUAUCCUCAUUUUAGAGUUGAAGAAAUUGAGGUAAACAGACCUUAAUGCAUAGUUUCAAAAAACAUGGCAAAGCCUAUAAGAACUGAUACAAAGUGGGCUAAGAAGAAAUGAGAGAUCGUUGAGCGCAGUAACAGCAAUGUCAUGGUGGUUAUCAGCUGUGAAGGACUUGGCUACUCUGAGAAAUACAAUGAUCCAAGGCAGUUCCAAAGGACUUAUGAUGAAAAAAAAAAUGCUGAGGAACUCUGAGUACAAA